AUGAAUGAGACAGACCCCAAGAGCAUCAUCAAGAGCAUCUGUGACCUCAUGACGGAGCACUGGCUGCAGGGCGUGGUGUUCGGAGACGACACAGACCAGGAGGCCAUCGCCCAGAUCCUUGACUUCAUCUCAGCCCAGACCCAUAUCCCCAUCCUCGGAGUCCGCGGGGGCUCCUCCAUGAUCAUGGCUGCCAAGGAUGACGACUCCAUGUUCUUCCAGUUUGGCCCCUCCAUCGAGCAGCAGGCUUCGGUCAUGCUAAACAUCAUGGAGGAGUACGACUGGUACAUCUUCUCCAUAGUCACCACGUACUACCCGGGGUACCAGGACUUUGUCACCAAGGUCCGCAGCACCAUCGAGAACAGCUUCGUGGGCUGGGAGCUGGAGGAGGUUUUGCUGCUUGACAUGUCCGUAGAUGAUGGAGAUUCGAAGAUCCAGAACCAGCUGAAGAAGCUCGGGAGCCCCGUCAUUCUCCUCUACUGCACAAAAGAGGAGGCCAACACCAUCUUCGAGGUGGCCCACUCUGUCGGGAUCACUGGCUACGGCUACACAUGGAUUGUGCCCUCGCUGGUAGCUGGAGACACUGUUGUAGUGCCUGCAGAGUUCCCCACAGGGCUGCUCUCCGUGUCCUACGACGAGUGGGACUACGGCCUAGAGGCCCGCGUUCGCGACGGCGUGGCCAUCAUCACCAUGGCAACCUCUACCAUGGUGAUGGACCGCGGACCUCACACCCUGCUGAAGUCCGAGUGUCACGGGGCUCCGGACAAGAAGACCCCCAUCUCAGGCAACCCCAACGAAGUGCUCAGGUACCUGAUGAAUGUGACGUUUGAGGGGCGUAAUCUGUCGUUCAGCGAGGAUGGAUACCAGAUGCACCCCAAGCUGGUCAUCAUUCUGCUCAACAAGGAGAGGCAGUGGGAGAGGGUGGGUAAAUGGGAGAACGGUUCCCUGUCCAUGAAGUACCACGUGUGGCCUCGCUACGAACUCUACGGUGGCGCGGCAACCAGGGAGGACGACCACCUGUCCAUCGUGACGCUGGAGGAGGCUCCGUUCGUCAUUGUGGAAGACGUGGAUCCGCUGAGCGGGACCUGCAUGAGGAACACCGUGCCCUGUCGGAAGCAGAUCAAAACACUCAAUCAAACGAAGGAUUCUGGGAUCUACAUAAAGCGUUGCUGUAAGGGAUUCUGCAUCGAUAUCCUGAAGAAGAUUGCCAAGCAGGUGAAGUUCACCUACGACCUUUACCUGGUCACUAACGGCAAACACGGCAAGAAGAUCAAUGGAACGUGGAACGGCAUGGUGGGAGAGGUGGUGUUAAAAAACGCCCACAUGGCCGUCGGCUCCUUGACCAUCAACGAGGAGAGGUCGGAGGUCAUCGACUUUUCCGUCCCCUUCAUCGAAACGGGCAUCAGCGUCAUGGUCUCCCGUAGCAACGGCACAGUUUCGCCCUCGGCCUUCUUAGAGCCCUUCAGCGCGGAUGUGUGGGUGAUGAUGUUCGUGAUGCUGUUGCUGGUGUCAGCAAUGGCUGUGUUUAUAUUCGAGUACUUGAGCCCUGUGGGCUACAACCGCUGUCUGGCUGACGGCAAAGAGCCUCAUGGUCCAUCCUUCACCAUCGGUAAGGCCAUCUGGCUGCUCUGGGGUCUGGUCUUUAACAACUCUGUGCCGGUGCAGAACCCCAAAGGCACCACCAGUAAGAUCAUGGUAUCGGUGUGGGCCUUCUUCGCUGUCAUCUUCCUGGCCUCCUACACUGCCAACCUGGCCGCUUUCAUGAUCCAGGAGGAAUAUGUGGACCAGGUAACUGGUCUCUCGGACAAAAAGUUCCAGAGUCCCAACGACUUCUCGCCUCCGUUUCGGUUCGGCACCGUCCCAAACGGGAGUACGGAGAGAAACAUUAGGAACAACUAUCCAGAAAUGCACGGCUACAUGACAAAGUUCCACCAGAGAAACGUCAACGAGGCUCUGCAGAGUCUCAAGGCUGGCAAACUAGACGCCUUCAUCUACGACGCGGCCGUGCUCAACUACAUGGCCGGCAGGGACGAGGGCUGCAAGCUGGUGACCAUCGGCAGCGGCUACAUCUUCGCCACCACGGGGUACGGCAUCGCCAUCCAGAAGGAGUCGCUCUGGAAGAGGCACGUGGACCUGGCCAUCCUGCAGCUCUUUGGAGACGGUGAGAUGGAGGAGCUGGAGUCCCUGUGGCUGACGGGGAUCUGCCACCACGAGAAGAACGAGGUGAUGUCCAGCCAGCUGGACGUGGACAACAUGGCUGGCGUCUUCUACAUGCUCGGUGCCGCCAUGGCGUUGUCGCUCAUCACCUUCAUCUGUGAGCACUGGUUCUACUGGCAGCUGCGCUUCUGCUUCAUGGGCGUCUGCUCCGGCCAGCCCGGCUUCGUCUUCUCCAUCAGCAGGGGCAUCUACAGCUGCAUCCACGGGGUGCAGAUUGAGGAGAAGAGCAGCUCGGCACUGAACUCCCCGUCAGGCACCAUGAACAACACCCAUUCCAACAUCAUGCGCCUCUUGCGCACCGCAAAGAACAUGGCCUCCCUGUCGGGGGUGAACGGCUCACCACACAGCGCGCUGGACUUCAUCCGCCGGGAAUCCUCGGUGUACGACAUCUCUGAACACCGGCGCAGCCUGGCAGGCCACUCCGACUGCAAGCCGCCUUACCUACCGGAGGACAAUAUGUUCAGCGACUACAUCAGCGAGGUGGAGAGGACGUUUGGCAACCUCCACCUGAAGGACAGCAAUCUGUACCAGGACCACUACCUGCACCACCACGGCUCAACGCUCGGGCUCAGCGGACCGCCUGCCAACCGUCCCCACAGUUUAGGGAGUGCAAGUUCUCUGGAGGGUGGCAUGUUCGACUGUGACAGCCUGGGCGGAGGGGUGGCCCCUAUUUUCACCACCCAGCCCUGCUCAGCACUGACCCACAGGAACAUGAGCAAGUUUGACCUGCUGUCUGGACAGACUCCUCCCUCAGGACAGAGCUUCAAAGGAGGGCUGCCGGACCUGUACGGGAAGUUCUCUUUCAAGGGAGGCGCCUCGAGUUCCACGUUUAUCCCGGGGCACGGCUACUGCGGAGGAAGAGGAGAUGAUGAAGGAAAUAUACGGUCCGAUGUGUCGGACAUUUCCACGCACACAGUGACUUAUGGAAACCUGGAGGGUAAUGCCAAGAAGCGGAAACAGUACCGCGAUAGCCUGAAAAAGAGGCCGGCCUCUGCCAAGUCCAGACGGGAGCUGGACGAGAUCGAGCUGGGCUACAGGAGGAAACCCUACCACAUCAGUCACCACCACUACCACGGCCACCGCUCUGCCUCCCCACCACUUUUGCCCCCUGAACGGAAGAGAGGAGGAGGUGGAGGAGGAAACAACAAUGGGAACUCCUAUAUCUUCAGAGAAAAGGAGAGCGUUAGGGAUUUCUAUUUGGACCAGUUUCGUCCCAAAGAGGGCGUCCCUCAGUGGGAACACGUGGACCUGACAGAGGGCCCUGGGAGUAGAGACGGAGGAGUGGGGACCUGCACCACCCUGGUUCCAGUGGAUGACUUUCUUAAGAGCAAACCCAAAAAGCCAGAUUCAAAGACUGGGGGAGGAUCUGGGCUGGCAGGGGGAGAGUGGGAGUGCAGGAACUGUCGGGCUAGCGGGGGAGGACUGGGCAAGCAGAUGUCCAUGCACGGAGGCGGGGGUGGUGGAGGGUAUGGUGGUGGCAUUAGCUGCGGGUCCUCGGGAGGCGGAGGAAACAGCCGCCCCAGCUCUGCGACCUGCAUGCGCUGCGAGGGCUGUAAAAAGACAGGAAACCUCUACGAUAUCAGCGAGGACAACAACCACCUCUUGGAACAGAUGGGGGGAGGGCAAUCUCAACCUCAGGGCCAGCAGAGGAGGAAGAGUGGAGGCUUCGGCAAACCACUGAGGCGGCAGCACUCGUAUGACGCGUUUGUCGACCUUCAGAAAGAGGAGUCGGGUGGGAUGGGAAGUUUGAUGGGGGGCCUAGGAGGUGUCGGAGGGAUGGGUGGUGUAGGUAUGGGAGGGAUGCUACCUCCACCCAGGAGCGUCAGUUUGAAGGAGAAAGAACGAUACAUGGAGGGCACCAGCCCCUUUGCACACAUAUUUGAGAGACACGGGGGCUCAGAAAGAGAAAGGGAACGAGACAGGGACCCGUUGUUUUACGGAGGUGAGGGCCAGAAAGGACACGGCUCGCCAUUCGGCCUGUUCAGAGGCGGCGAUGGCCUCCACCGCCGCUCCAUCGGAGAGAGAGACAUGCGAGACAGGGAUAGGGCUUUGAUGGAAGGAGGAGGUGGGGGAGGGUUCUCUUUAUCCAAAUCUCUUUACCCCGACAGGGUGAACCAAAACCCCUUUAUACCGACCUUCGGCGACGAUCAGUGUCUGAUGCACGGAGCCAAACAAUACUACAUGAAAAAGCAACAGCACACGACUUCGUAUCUGCCGGCGUCCGCCACGGCCGGGGUGAUGUCCAACGUGACCCCCCGGUUCCCGAAAGAGCUCAGCCUCGGUGGGAUGAACCACCACGGCUCCAUGCUGGGGGUCGGCCCCCCGCGUCCCUUCAAUGGAAGCAAUGGCCAUGUGUACGAGAAGCUCUCCAGCAUUGAGUCUGACGUGUGA